ACUGUGAAGCAAAAUGGUAGCAAAUGGUGGAGGACCACCGAGGGGCAGUGCAGCAGCUGCUGCAAGCCUGCGUAGACGGAGGACAGCUGGAGGUGGUGGUGCAGCUGGAGGUGCCAGUACAAUGCUCCAGUUUUACACAGAUGAGGCCGCAGGACACAAGAUUUCACCCAACACUGUCCUCAUUAUGAGUAUUGGAUUCAUCGCUGUUGUUGGCCUUCUUCAUGUCUUCGGGAAGUUUUAUCGGGGUUCAAACUAGUUUUCUUAUAGGUUACGGAUGUUCUUAAAUUUUUAACAAACAUAUUUCAUCAAAAACUUUCAGACAUAAUGUGCGACAUGAAUUAAACUAUGAUGCAAUAGCAACUUGAUCCAUACAUAUCGAAAAUUUUGUUUUGGUGGGACGAUGUUGACAUCUA